UUUUCUUCACACCAUCUUACGCAGCAGCUUGUAGCUUUUGCUCUCAGAACAUCUGAGCAAAGUGACAAGGAACUGCUGCAGAUAGUUUGAGGUGAUCUUGUUGCCAGCUGGUCACACUUGCUGUGAUGGGUGUCGCGUGCAGCAAGAUCAGCCGUGGGCCUGACGUGGCGGCAACGGAGGUACAGUAUGAAGCUCUGGCUUGUCUUUGUUCCCUGUGUUGAGCCAGGAGGGAGAGUCGCAGAUGUACUCUCCUGCAGGAAAGAGUGGUCCAAAGGGGGCCAGGCCACCUGUCUGCACCAGUGCCAUUGCUGAUUAGUCUGUGUAGAGAGAGAUGCAUUUCCUGCAGCUUUCUCUGCAGAUGUGCUCCUCACCUUGAAAUCCUCCUUGUUUGUCCUCAUCUCCUGACCACAGCCUGUGCUCUGUUUUGCAGGCUGAUAACAUGUGGAAGCCGCAGCUGGUACGUGCGGAGUCAUCUCUCAACAUUCCAGCGAUUGCGGCGGCCCAUGUUAUUAAGAGCUACGUCGCCCAGGCACCAGAUGAAGUCUCCCUGGAGGUGGGAGACGUGGUGUGCAUUAUUGAUAUGCCACCAAAGGAGCUGAGCCCCUGGUGGAGAGGCAAGCGUGGCUUUCAGGCUGGAUCUUUCCCUAGUGAGUGCGUGGAACUCAUUAGCGGACAAGUUCCUGAGUCCCUGGUCAAUUCAUUGCGAAAGCCAGUGCCGAAGAAACGGGGCAAGUUCCUCCCCUUCCUUCGAUCCCUGGUGAAGGCCCGGCCCCAGAGAGCGAGGCAGCCGGAGCCAGAGAAGGAAGGGGUGUUUGGGUGUGACCUGGGGGAGCACCUUCUCCGCUCUGGCCGUGAUGUCCCCCAGGUCCUCCAGAGCUGCUCUGAAUUCAUCAAGCAGCAUGGCGUGGUGCGGGGGAUAUACCGCUUGUCCGGUGUCACGUCCAAGAUCCAGCGACUACGCCAUGAAUUUGAUUCAGAGCAGCUUCCCGAGCUUAGCGUCCGUGACAUUCACAGCGUGAGCUCCCUAUGUAAGAUGUACUUCAGGGAGCUCCCGAACCCUCUCCUGACUUACCAGCUGUAUGCCAAGUUCUCGGUAAGCACAGGGCAAUGUCUUGCAAAAGAUAUGUACCUCUUCCCUGGGCGUCCUGGCUGA